UUUCGGCGAAUAUCGAGUUAUUAUGGCAUCUUGAUUUUCAUUAGCUUUCAGUGGGAAGAAAAAUGUACAUUCUUUACACAAACCCAAACCAACUAUUUUUAUUUUCAUUGCAUUGCGAGCGGAUGAAUCUAUAACCAAAAGAACAUAUUGUAUCAACUUUUGCUUUUAUAGUUUAAACGUAAAUAACAGGUAAUAUGGGGAGGGAUUCAUUAUGCUGCAGUGGAGUGCAACGAUGCGAUGGGCUCCAAAUAAUUUAGAGAAAGUACUGUAACUGAUCAAAGACCCACUAUCAGAGGUGAAUCAUGGAAAAGUCAGAUCAGAGAGAGGAGAUCAGCCGCAUUCUCCUCCUCCUGUAAGGUGUGGUUAGACAGAAAGCAACAAAUAGAGCAGCUGGCUGUGGCGAGGCUGCAGUCACAUCGAGCCGAGGACCUCACACAGGUGACCAACUGUCCAGGCCAGGUGUUGCAGCAGCCCUCCUUACAUCGAGGCUAGGAGAACUUCUCCUCAGUAAAAGCUGUAACAGAUCCCAUCGGCCCCCAGUAACAUCAGCACCAUGACUUCGUCCACCAAAGUCCUGGAUGGAGGCUGGGGAUGGGCGAUCGUUGCUGCCUCCUUCAUGGCCCAGCUCCUGGCCUAUGGAUCACCUCAGUCCGUGGGGGUCCUGUACCCCGAGUGGCUGCACACCUACCAGGAGGGCAAGGGCAUGACGGCCUGGGUGGGCUCUCUGGUGGCAGGAGUGGGAUUAAUAGCCAGUCCCAUCUGCAGCGCCUGCGUAGACAACUUUGGAGCACGUCCUGUUACCAUCUUCAGUGGUGUUAUGGUGGCAGGCGGCUUGAUGCUCAGUGCCUUUGCUCCAAACGUCCAGUUCCUCAUAUUUUCUUAUGGAAUUGUUGUUGGCCUGGGUUGUGGACUUGUCUACGCCGCCACCUUGACAAUCACCUGUCAGUAUUUUGACAAGAGACGCGGCCUUGCCCUUGGCAUUGUCACCACAGGCACAAGCGUAGGCGCAUUCAUCUAUGCCACUGCUCAAAACGAGCUGAUUGUCCUCUAUGGCCUAGAUGGCUGCUUGCUCAUCAUCGGAGCCAUAGCACUGAAUCUCAUGGCGUGUUCUGGUUUCAUGAGGCCCUUGAACAUGCCAGGUUACUACCUCAAGCAAAAGGCCGCCCUCGAACGGAACACAGAAGAGCAGCUCUUCGUCAAGCCCCCAUUCGACGACCUCAAGAUCGCAGUGGGUUCUGCAACAACCACUCCAGAGAAACCUCUCACGGUGAAGGAGUUGCUCAUCACCAUUGAUGUUAAGGACUUGUCCAUUCAAACAGAAAAGAAAGAGGGUCACCUGGCUGGGCUGGCCAUUGUAAAAGCAAUCAAGAAAAAGCAAAAGGCUUACUCCAAGUACAUGCAGUCAUUGUAUGAGAUCUUACAGGACCAAGAAAUGGUGGCCUUCUGCAUAGCCAUCUUCCUAUUCAGCUUGGGUGCGUUUCCACCAGUCCUCUUUGUAGAGGACGUGGCCCAGAGUGAAGGACUUAUUGAAGAAGUUAGUGUCAUUCCUCUUGUAUCCAUAGGUGCUAUUGCCACUUGCGUAGGCAAACUAGCACUGGGCAUCCUGGUGGACAUUAAAUGGAUCAACGGUAUCUAUCUCUAUGCCUUCACAAUGUUGGCAGCAGGUUUGGUACUACUUCUUAUCCCCAUCACCAAAAGUUACGUUGGACUGCAAAUCCUGACAGCUGUCCUUGGUUUCUUCUCUGGAAACUGGUCGCUUACUUCUUACAUCACCACUAAGAUUGUUGGCUUAGACAGACUGACACAAGCCCAUGGCAUCCUUAUGUUCUUUGGGGGAUUUGGGAUCAUGCUUGGACCUCCUGUUGUAGGGUGGUUUUUUGACUGGACACAGUCGUACGACUUGGCCUUCUACUUCAGUGGUGGCUGCGUUCUGUUGGGAGCUUUCAUUCUCUUUCUACUCAGCCUUCCCUGCUGGAACAGGAGGCCCUCUGAGAACGACAAACCUGAAGUCCAAUACACCAGCACCUGUGACAAAGUUGCCUCAGUAGCCUGAAUUUAAGCACCUAUCAUGAAGAUCAUGGUACCUGCUGCUGACUGUUUCCGAACUAUGCCCCCCAAAAAAGCCCUUGGAGGAAUUUUUUUUUCUCUGAUCAUGCUGGGGUUUCUUCUUUAUUUCUGUUGUCAGAUUUCAAAAUACCAGGUUCUCAGGUUGAACCCAUUUACAACUGAUAUUUUUAAAGUAUUGACUCCAAAGCCUGCUAUGAUUAUUUUUCUUAUUACCUCAUUUUACGAGGUUAACAGAACAAUGUUGGUAAAAAUCCAAAAAGUCUCUUUUUUAUGUGAAGACUAUUACUUUUUCUUCUCUGCAGCUUUGAAAAUAUGACAUUAUGCCACCCAUGAGACCAGGAAAAAGAUCCUGACAACCACUAAGUGUACAAAUACACUAACAUUUCAUGUCAAAAUGCACAUACAAUCACCCAUUUUAGAUAUAUGAUAGUUUAUUCUAUGUUGGUUGGAACAUUUUUUAUACCUAUUAAAGUGAAAUUUGAUUCUGUAUUUUGGUCUCGGUAAACAAGCUCUCCAUUCUGAAUGCUACCAAAGCAUCCAUGAUAGC